GGGGUUUUUGAUUGCAUCGCAGGGAUACAGAACCAUAACAUAGAUAGUUGGUAGUAUAACCUGGUCUCUCCACUCCACGGGUGGGAAUGGCGGAAGAAGGAUUUGAAAAAGCGCAUCAUCACGAAGAAGAAGAAGGAGAAGAAGAGAAGAAGAAGAAGAAAGAGACGAUGAUGAGUCCGUGGGAGCAGCACUCAGCAGUGAUCAGUAUUCCUCGCUAUGACUACAACGCCCCAUCUUCGCUUCUCCACCACUCCCUUUCUGGCUUCCUCAUCACCUGCACUAUCAAGAGGGAGAAAAGUGCCACAAAGGAAGCAAUUUCUAUCCUAGAUAAGUAUGUAGGGUCUUGUAGUAAUGCUGAUUCCGGAAAUUUGGACAAUUCGGAUGAUAAUGCUGCUACUAAGAGAAGGAAAAUAUGCCCAGAGGAUGACCAAGAUGGGGAAACCGAGACUGCUUCCAAUAACUCUGGGAAAACUAGUGGUACUUGUCUGUCUUCUGUAAUGCCAGACACAAAUCUUGAUAGAGGUCAUGUUCUUUCACUAGUUAAGUUAACAAGGAGUGGUUUACUUCUAUUUACUUUCCCUAGAAACACACCGGCUGACACUGUUGGUGUUGUAUCAAAUAUUAUGGAGUCUGUGGAAUCUGGGAUUUCCAAAUCACCUCUUUGGUGUCACCGCAUUUUUCCUAUCCAAGAAACUUGCAGCUUGAAUGAGAAGGAACUGCAAAUAGUUGUAUCAAAGCUUGUUUUUCGGUUCAUGAAUGACAAACAGCACAAAGUUUCACAUCCUGUAAAGGUGAUUUUGAAGACUAAAGUCCCUUGGAAAGUUUCUUUUUUUGCUUUGACUGAUGCUCAUGGUAAUAUUCUUACCACAGUUGGUUAUAACAGACGAGGAAUAGAGGAGACAGAGUUGAAGAUUGUGAAAGAUACUUCAAAUGGUUCUGAUAAGUUUGCUUUGUUGGACCGUAACAAAUGCUUUGGCGUUGUGGCUGCUGCAGUAAAAAGUGCUGUAUCAGAUUCAGUUGUAGACCUCAAAUCUCCAGAGUUUUCGGUUCUUGUUGAGCUGCUUCCGCUUUCUGGAGUACCCAACGGGUCAUUGGUGGUUGCUGUCUCAGUUUUGCCACAAAAUCUGGUUAAUACCAAGCCACGUCUCUGCAUCAAGGCUCUGGUUUCUGACUCCAAAGCAAAGGGUGGAAAGCAUUAGAAAGGAAUGGAUAAUGUGGUUUAGAAUAUUCCUACAUGUGCUUUUGAAAAGAAAAAUUAAACUAACUUGGAUCAAAAUAAAAAAUUUGGCUCUCGAUGUAAUGAUCAUUGUUCUUACCAUUGUUGUUUUGAUUUCUUACCGUUAA